AUGGCGGAUGCCUCAUGUCCAGCAGACAGAAGUGGAGAGCUUACCUGCAAUCUUGAGCGACUCUUCGCGGAGUUCCUGGACCAGCUGGACAGAUGUCUGCGACAGCCUGUUAGACGGAGGAGGAAUGCAAAACCUCCCGAGAGCUCACCAUCGGCUCCGGUCCAGGAGCGGACCUGCAAAAGGUGGCAGCAGAUGGGACAGCAUGAAAAGGUGGUGGCAGUGCACCACACGCAAAGAGGCUGUGGCCCUCCCGGACCUGCACAAGCAGUGGCCCGGAAAAUGGACACAGCUGGAGCUACGAAUACCAUCACCAGGCCUGAAUUGCCAUGA